AUGAUGGCCAACAAGUCCGCUGCCUCCAGUGCUCAACAGGCCAACAACAGGUCGGUCAGUGGUAACUUGGGUAACUUGGGCCAGGUUCCACAGCAACAACAACGUCAACAACAGUUCCAACAACAACAGCACCAGCAGCAACAACAGGGUCAACGCCCAUCAUGGUGGUAG